AGCAAGACUGUCAUUCUUGAUUCCGGUUGAUUUUUGACACUUUGAGAAUUCCGAUAUUUCUUUCAAGAUACGCCCAAUAUUUUAACGCUAUAGAGCGUCAAAGGGCCCAGUUUAUGCAAGUUAUUUUUCGAAUUUAAAAAGUGCAAUAAUCAUGUUGGUUUUAGUUUUGGGCGACUUACACAUUCCUCACAGAUGCAGUUCUUUGCCUAGCAAAUUUAAGAAACUCCUAGUGCCAGGAAGGAUACAGCAUAUCCUUUGCACUGGUAACCUCUGUACCAAAGAGUCCUAUGAUUACUUGAAAACAUUGGCAAGCGACGUGCAUGUUGUUAGAGGUGAUUUUGAUGAGAAUCUCAACUAUCCUGAGCAAAAAGUUGUGACAGUUGGCCAGUUCAGGAUUGGUCUAUCACACGGUCACCAAGUCGUUCCUUGGGGGGAUCCAGAGUCAUUAGCUCUAAUCCAGCGACAGCUGGAUGUUGAUAUUUUAAUAUCUGGUCACACUCAUAAAUUUGAGGCUUAUGAACAUGAAAACAAGUUCUAUAUUAAUCCAGGAUCUGCAACCGGGGCAUACAAUCCUCUUGACACAUCUGUCAUCCCAUCUUUUGUAUUGAUGGAUAUCCAGAGCUCGACAGUUGUGACCUACGUCUAUCAGUUGGUCGGGGAUGAGGUCAAAGUUGAAAGGAUUGAGUACAAAAAGAGUUAGGGUUUGUGUUUAAAUAUGCAUACGAUAAAAAUUUGAUUAUUGAUUAACCCUUGUAUGCGAUCAACCGAACGAGAAAAGGCUGUUGGCAUACUACAAGUAUAUAUAAAGUUACGGAAAAAAUAUGCAUGAUUUCUUCAUAAUUAUGCAAUUUGUUUACAUUAUACAGUGUACCACAACUUUUCAUACUCGAACAACAGGUGUAUGAAGCUUCAUUGUAAAUAAAGGGAUGAAUACAAAAAUAAGGUCAUUUGUCACAAAAUUAAA